CUUGGAGUCGUACUAAAACUAAAGAGAGCGAAGGCGGAGUUGGAUUGGGGCGUUGGAAAUGGCGGAGACGACGUCGUUUGCGAGGAACAGAUACUGGGUACUGAGGCACGGCAAGAGCAUUCCUAAUGAGAAAGGCCUAAUCGUCUCCUCCAUGGAAAAUGGGACGCGCCCGGAAUAUCAAUUGGCGCCGGAAGGUGUUGAUCAAGCAAAACUGGCUGGAGAGUUGUUCCGAAAGGUACUUGAGGAAAAUAGCAUGCCAAUUGAAAAUGUUCGCAUUUGCUAUUCUCCCUUUUCGAGAACAAGACAGACUGCUGAAGUUGUUGCAUCUGUCUUGAAUAUUCAGUUUGAGGAUGCUCAAUGUAAGGUGAUGGAAAACCUCCGCGAACGCUUCUUUGGUCCUUCAUAUGAGCUCAUGUCACAUGAUAAAUAUCACGAAGUAUGGGCUAUUGAUGAGAAAGAUCCACUCAUGAAGCCAGAAGGAGGAGAAAGUGUCGAUGAUGUUGCAUCUAGACUUGUAGAGGCUAUUGCAAACAUAGAAUCACAAUUUCAAGGGUGCACAAUCUUAGUUGUUAGUCAUGGCGAUACCCUACAAAUCUUGCAGACAAUAUUGAAUGCUGCUAAGCCUGAUGCAGCAUCCACCUAUGAUGACUUGACUUCAAGAAUGCAAACAGUAAGAACCCCUUCCAUCUUGUCAGAGCACCGGAAAUUUUCCUUGCUUACUGCAGAGCUUCGGGCAGUUAUAUGAAUGUUACACGUCCAGGUCUAAAUACAUAUCAAGGUUUUUCGGAGCAAAUAUACAGAAAGAAGGUAAUAUUGAGGAAAGAUGUGCAAAUAAGGAAAAAGCUUGAAGUCCUGGCCCAAGCAGAAGACCUUGAAGGAUCGAGGAGCCCAAUCCAUAAACAUACCGCAACAAAUUAUGAAGAUAUUCGCAGAAAUAUUGAUGAUGACAUGGCGAAUUCUCAUUGGACAAAGUGAUGUGGAGAAAUCCUAAUUCAAUCAGAGAAUUAAGAAGAUGACUUUCUCUACACUUCAAGGACUCUCAAACCAAAAAAUAAUGAAAAAGGACUCAAUAGCACUAUAAAAAGGCUAGGAAAGCUAAGAAAAGAGGCUUACGCGCGAGAAUCAAGCAAGAAACCCGAGCAGAAGAAAGCAGAUCAUAGGGAUGGCAAUGGGGCGGGUUGGGGAUGGGGAUCAUAAUACCAUCCCCAUCCCGGGAUCAUUCUCU